GGGGAAGCUCGGGAAGAACCUGAGGAUGUCGGCGCGGAGCAAAGGGAGCGCCACGCCCUCGCCGCAGGGAACGCCCUCGCCCAGCAGAGAAGAAGAAGAGAGGGAGGAGAAGCUCCGAGGGAAGUCUGCUCAGGUUUGCAGGGAAAUAUCGGGACACCCUCGGCUCUCGUAAGGAGUCGCUCACCAACGGCGAGCUGAACUGUUCGGACGAGCGAGUGCGACUCCACCAGCCGCCGACUUUCCUUCAUGAAGAUCGUCGGCCUGGUGAAGACCAAGAGGGAGUCCAUGGCCGACCACUCGUCCCAGGGACCCGAGGAGCAGUCGGUGCAGGAGGAGGUGGUGGAGGAGGUCAAACCCAGGGAGCCGCUGUCAGUCCUGGAGAUCCUGCAGCUGGUGAAGAAGCGGGACCUCUUCCUGGCCGACUCUCACAUCCUGGAGCUGGAGCAGGAGUGUAACGAGGCGGACCGCGACGCCGUGACGCAGCCGGAGGACUCGCUCAGCCCGAGCGUGAAGGACGGCGGCCGCAGAAAGGCGAAGGACGUGGAGCUGCUGUACGAGGAGCUGCAGAAGGAGCUGUGGGCCGUGGUCAGGGAGUCGCUGCGGUCGCCCACGGCCGGGCCAAACCUGGGUCUGGUGGUUCAGGUGUUGCAGCAGGAGGAGCAGGCGGAUAAAGACUGGGCCUCCACUCCCUGCAGCUCGAGGCCUCGCCGGCUGAAGCAGCGAUGGAAGGAGGCGGUGGAGGAGGCAGCGGACGGAUCUCUGCCUCAGAGAGCAGAGUUCACCGCCGGGGAGCUGGCGGGUUACCUGGACCGCCUCCGAGCCCGUGUGGUGGAGGACCUGGGCGCCGCCAACAGGAACGUGGUGUCCAUUUACCCCGAAGAGUACCAGCCCUUCCAGGUUUACGUGCAGAGUUACCACCAGGCGGUUGCUAGGCGACUGCAGGCCAUCACUGACAACCAGCUGGAGAUCACCGACAUCUACUCUCUGCUGGACUGGCUGCACAAUAUAUACAACAGGGACGUUUUGGGGACCGUGUGUAUCACCAGUCCCUUCAGCCGCUCUCAGCUCAGCCCUCUGCUGCCCUCGGAGACGGUGGACCGGCUGGAGCUGGACUGUCUCAACUCCGUCAGGGCCAAAGUGACCACGGAGCUGAGCCAAGUCCUGGACGAGGAGGAGAAGCGAUGGAUGGAGACGCUGCACAUCGAGGAGUACCAGAUCACGCUCGCCAAGACGGUCAUACAGAGGCUGCAGGUCGAUCUGGAGCGUUCGGCCUCCAUCAACAGGAGUCUGGGCUCCAGAGUGGCUCAAUGCAGCCUCAACGGCCUCGCUGACUUCCUCUACAGUUUCCAGCGUAAAGUGGAGAUGUUCCAUGAAGGGAUGCAGAGCGGCAUGUUCGGAGACAACGAGGACGGAUACGUGUCCAAAACCAUCGCACUGGUCAACUGCUGCCCUCCAUUCAGAGGUUUCGUGCAGCGCUGCGGUCAGUGCGACACUUCGGUCAGCGAGGACUCUCUCCGUCGAGCCAACAAAGCUCUGGAUCACAUCGUCCAGCAGGGAGUCAGAGUGCUGUCUGAACGCCUGUACCUGCACAUCCGGCCUUUCUUCGAGCGGCUGGUGAAGAGGAAGUGGCUCAGCAACACGGAGCAAUACGAGCAGAUCGAAGCUCUGAUCAAAGAAUACUUCAAGAAAUAUCACAGGAUGGACAGUCCGCCGUACCAGCUCCUGGUGGCCGAGGUCCACCGCCGCGUCGUCACCGAGUAUCUUCGCUCCGUCAUGCGCGGCAGAAUCAUCUGCACCUCCAUGAAGAUGAGGAAGAGGAUGGCCGGCCGGCUCCGAGACGAAGGCAAACAGAUCAAAGUCCUCUUCAAGGACCUGGAGUCUCCAUCCAGCUGGUUGGACAGCGCUCUGUCUCACAUCUCAGAGAUCAUCCAGCUGGAGGACGUCCCCUCCAUCCAGAUGGAGGUCGGAGUUCUGGUCCGAGAGUUUCCAGACGUCAGGAAGAAGCAUGUGUCCGCCAUCCUGAACAUCCGCGGCAUGACCCGCCAGGCGGAGCGUCAGGAGAUCAUCAACAUCGUCAAAGACAUCGAGAGCACCGACGGCGGCGGUUCAAUCCGGAUGUCCCGGGACCGCGCCCUCUUCGCCGAGGUGCCGGUCACCUCCGAGGUCCACUGCCUGAACGUUGGCCUGAGCCGCAUCGCCCUCACCGCCUCGUCCUGCUUCAGCUCGCUGCGGCCGCGGCGACCCAAAGCCCGGACGCCCGUCCAGGAAAACCCUGAUGACGUCCUCUGAACCACCGAGCUCAGAUCUUUAUCAAGACAAUCCUGACGGGAACCUAAACUGGAUUUAACGCCGGGAGUUGAAGCUGGUUUGUUUGGAUAAAAGUGAAGCUGCUGUGGUGUUUUCAUUUUUUAAUCAAUUAACUGUUUGCUAAGCCCCUCCCACCCAAACUGCAGCUGUCCAAUCACAGCUUAGCAACACUAACGAGUCACAGCAGGUGUUCUCGGUGUUUCCAAAACCAGAAACAGAAGAGAAAAAGUGCUUUUUUAAUCUCUUUUACAACAGACCUGUUAACUCUCUUGUUUCCUUAUUUGCUCAUAAAUCUCCAUAUUUCCAUUUUUCCAUUAUCACAGUCGUACAGUUGUUAGAUAAAGCAUCCUUGAUCGUCCUUCUACUCUUUGACAAGUCACGAUGGUCAUUCAGUCAGAAAAACAGCACAAAAAAUGGAUGACCAAAUAAGCGAGACGCCAGCAACCUAAACAUCUGUAAAUAUUUAAAUGUUUGGUGGAGUAUUUUCCCAUUCCUGACAAAAAACAAGUUUAUUGUCUCCUGUCAGAUUUGCUUCAACACCAAAUAUCACCAUAAAAAACACAGCCUGUGAUCAAAUUACAGCAAAUUCAUUCAAAGUCAUUAAUUUCUAGUUUUUCCGGCAGAAAAAAACCUAAAUAUCUUGUUUCCUUCUUGAAGUUUGACUCUGAAGAAGUUUGAUAUGUUCGUUGGUUUAAAUGUCCAACAGAUUACAUUUUAAUUAUUCUGAUUUUAAAUUCAGAUUUUUGAUUGUCAAAGAUCCUCUCUGAUAAAACUAAUCAGAGGUUUCACUCCAUUUUUAUAAAACAAGAAAGAAGAAGAAAAGAAGAAAGUCCCUGAUGGUGAUAAAAACUCGUUGUUCAAUAGAUCGAUUGAUCAUUAAUCUACAGACACAAAACUGAACUUUUCAAUUUACUGAAAUAUUUAUUUUAAAAUUCUGAAAUUUCCUUUUUUGAAAUUUUGAAAUCAAAAAAAGAUGUUAACAACACAAUAAUUCAUUUCAGAGUUUGUUAAAACUGUGGAUUUGCUAAAUAAACUUAAAGCGAUGGUUCGGCGUAAUUUCGACCUAGCGUCAUAUGCACCAUGAGGUCUAUCUAAUCACAGCCUCAGCCCUUUUUUUCUCAUUUUAUCGCAAAAUAGUGGCUUCAAAGCCAUCAGCCGAAUGGCUUAGUACAGGCGCUAACGGACCCACCAGUGUAUCUCGUAAAAUACCCCACUAAUAAUGCCUGGUUAUCAAACUUCUACAGUAGUACAAAUAGGGUCUUUACUCAUAAAUCGAUGCAUUGGGAAGUUUGUAAGUACACCAGGAGUUUAUUAAAAUAAACACUUACCUGAUUGCUGCUACUGCUAAAGCUGUAAACAUUGUCGAAAUCCUGUGUGGUUGCGCGAGAUCCCCCCACAGUUUCCCUUCACUUCCAGUCUUUGUGCUAGGCUAGGCUAACCACUCUGUUAUUUUUUUUUUUCGAUUUAAUUCUGAUUCAGGGUUAGGGAUUAGUGGUUUGUGAUGCUUAAAAAAUUAUAAUUUUACAGUCAUGUGACCUGCAGUGCCGACUGUGGCCACUAACCUAAAAACCACCUCACCUCACAGCUCGGACCGGCUGUCGGGAAUAAUCUGAUUUUGGUUUCAAACGUUGUGAUCGAAUGGAUGUAAAAUCGGCCUCCACAACUUUUUUUUUAGACUGAAACCAAAUCGCCGUUUGGUGUUUUUCUUCUUCUUUGAUUCGGGAUCUUUUUCGGCGUGAUCCUGCAGGAUUAUCUGGACUUGGAACUCAAAAGCACUUUAUACAGGAUCAAUAAAAGGAAAAACAAAAAGCUGUCCUGUGUGUGCUGAGAUGGACUGAAGUGCAUUAUGGGACUCAGACUGAUCAGAUCAGAUUAUCGGGACCGCCACAUCAAUAAACUGAGAGCUGAGAGGAGUUCGGACUCAGAGAAGCUUCAUACCUGGAGUUUGUAGUUUUAUUGUUGCACAUGAUACAAGGAAAAAAAAUCAAUCGAAGGUACUAGACGAUGAUCUGAGUCUCCAUCAUGCUGAUUGUAUUUAAAGGAGUGAUUAUAGUUCAAGCUUUUGGUGUGAUGAGGUUUAUUAUAUAUGUGGUGAUACAGAGAUGAAUAUAGAUUUAUUAUUUCUUUGUUGUUGUUAUGGUUGAAUAAUCUUCACAGUGUUGAUUUUAAAGUGUCUAAACAGGUUAAAACUAGAAGACAAGAAGAGGAAAUACAUCUUAUAUUUUCAGUUUAUUCUGCAUCUUCUGACUUUAACUCUGUGGCAUUUCAUAAAUAACAUGAAAUAAAAUCAAUUUAAACUCCUGUCAGUCAUUUUUACAAAUAAUCUUUUAAUACAUUUCAGUUCAUGUCUGUUAAAGAAAUUUUAAAUCUGAAAAUGUUAUUGUUUGCUCGAUGUCAAAAUUGUUAUCUGGGUUUAAAUUUCAAAAAUUGA